AUGUUGAAUACCUGGUGUUCUCCAAAUAAAUUUAAGGAAACGGUUUGCAAUUUAAGUGAAGACAAAAAGGUUGCCGUACAAGAGAUUGGGUUUGGGUCCCUUUUAGACAUCGAGUGUACCAUUUUGAAGCGCAACCUGUGCUUAUGGUUGGUAGAACACUUUGACCCUAGAACAUCUCAUCUCACCCUUGAAUCUGGCGCUUGGAUCCAUGUUACGCCAAGUGACGUUGAAGAGAUACUUGGCCUACCCUCGGGAAGAGGAGAAGAUGUGCCAAAUUAUAUUGUACAAAGUGUGCAUUGGUUAGAAAAUGGCAUUUUUUUAAAGGACGGUGUAAUAGAAGUGCCAAACUUAGUGCAUCAAUUAGACGUUCUUCCUGUUGGGGAUGACUUCAAGAGGGCUUUUGUCCUUUUCGCUUGCGGAUCACUUCUAGCACCCAUAUCGAAAAAUGAGACAAGCAAAAGGUUAUUGGAAGCGGUUGACAAUGUGGAUGCUAUUAAAUCGUAUAAUUGGGGGAAGUUUGUUUUAGAUUGGUUGAAAAAAGGAAUUGCGUCCUAUAAAGGAAAGGAAGGAAGAGAAGGUUGUACAUACAUACAUGGAUGCUUGUUCUUUCUCAUGCUUUUCUACCUACACCGUGUGGAUGUCAAUGGACCAAAACCGAAGCCUGAGAUGUCAUGCGUACGUGGAUGGACCAACAAAUUAAUAGGCGAGAGGUUGAAUUUGGAGAAGCAUAAAUAUAAUGGUUUCGGCUUCGGUGAGGUAAAGUUUACAACUGAUACAUCUGAAGAUGCCGAUAAGGAGUUGGCAUAUGAAAUUAUUAAAGUUGUUAAGAAAUGGAAGCAACGGCACAAUGUAGGCCAAGGCAGGGGGUCGAGAUCCUCAGAACCCAGUUCAUCCACACGACAACCUAACCCAUCUUCGCAAUUGUUUGCACAACACAAUCCGAUUGAGGAGGAAGAUGAAUCCCACAUACCAGUGGAGGAGGAAUUCGAAACCUCCACAAGACAAGCAAACUCACCCUGGUAA